AUGUCACUGAAAAGUGAAAGUAAUAUAAAUUAUAAAAAUGAAUAUUGUUAUAAACAAGACAAUGCCCCUAUUCAAUCAAAUUUUAAUUCACAAAUGAAUAAAAAAAGUAGUAAACUUCCAUUAAGUUCAUCAUAUAAAACGCUUUCAAAAGAAAAUUUAUAUAAAACACAAUUAAGUUCAAAAGAAUUUCAAAAUGAAAUCGAUCAGAAACAAGAAGAUAAUGAAAAUGAAGAAUAUGGAAAUCAUAAUGAAGAACAUAUUAUAAGUGAAUAUGGUGAAAAUGUAGAAUACUAUAGAAAUGAUAAACAAAAUUAUUCUGAUGAAAUUGUAAAUGAUGUAACUAGAGAUGAUAUGAAAAGUUAUAAUGAAAAAACAGAUAAAUAUUUAAAUAAUGAAAUGAAUGGAUAUUAUGAUCACGAAUAUGAAAAGUACAACAGUAAAAAUAGUAACCAACUAACAAGUGAAAUAAAUAACAUUUUUUAUGAGGAAAAUACAGCAAAUAACAAUUCUAGAGAAAAUAAAGAAAGUGAAUAUAAUUUGAAAAACGAAGAAUUUGCAAAUAGUAUAAAGGAUUCUAAAAAUAAAAAAAGUAAGGAAUUUUCUAAAAAUCAUAUUUUAAAUAACCUAACCUCAACAAUGUUAAAUACCCUUAAUACAAAAGAAAUAAAAGGAAACAAAUUAAAUAAUAAUGAAGAAACAAAUAAUUCAAAAAUUCUUAAAAAUUCAACAUAUUCAAAAGUAUCAAAUAAAGCACAAGAAAAAUACAUACAUGAGAAAUUAACUAAUAAAAAAAAAUGUAAAAAUAGAAAAAAAUUUCUUAAUACAAGUAAUAGUUCAUCUACUCAUGAAAGGGAAAAGAAAAAAAGAGAUAAUAGCAAACAAAAAUAUAAAAAUUUAUUUUAUAAAAAUUCUCAGAAAGGUGAAAGAAAUUGUGGAAAAACAAAAGAGUUUAGUAUUUAUGAAAUAAAAGGAUAUAUUCCAACAUCAUAUGAAAAUGAUGAAAUAAAAAAAAAAAAAAAUAAAAAUAAACAAAAUAAAAAUGAGGAAAACAAAAUUAAGAAUAAAAAUAAAAACGUUUACUUUGUUGAUAAUACACCAAAUCAUUAUCCAAUAUACGAUGGUACUCCGUAUGAGCAUUUAAGUUAUGCUAAUAAUUUAUGUAAUGGUAAAGUUUUUAAUGUACAAGAACAAGUUCAAUUACCUUAUAAUAAUACAGUAAAUGGAUUAAGAACAACAAAUGAUAUUCAUUAUUAUCCUAACAUGAAUAAAAAUUUUAUUAAUAAUAAUGUAAUUGUUCCUAAUAAUAUUAGUUGCGAUGUUUCUAAAAGUUGUAACAAUGUAAAUGAAGUAAUUUUCAUUCCUCAGGAGAAUGUUUAUAUGAGCACAUCUCCUAAUGCUACUAGUAUAAAAAGUGUUAUUCAUAAAUUACCAUAUAACACAUCUAACGGCAUGAUAAAAACAAAAAAUGAAUUUUUUAAAGUAUCAGUUCCAUCAUCUCCUAAAAAAAACUUCUUUUGUAAUAAUAGUAAAAAAAAUGCAUUAAAAAAAAAAGAAACAAAAGAUUUAAAAACAGAAAUACUAAUUUAUAAAAAUAAUGAAUUGAAUAACUACAAUAAAAUUUUAAUGAAUUCUACUAUAUAUAAUAAUGAUAUUAAUAGGCAUAAUUAUUUCAUGCCAACUUCUAAUAAUGUUUUUGUUAGAACUAGAUCACUAACUCCAUAUUCGUGUAUAAAUAAAAGAAACAAUAAGGUAUCACCUCUCAAAAAUUUAUGUGUAAAUAGACAAAAAUCAUUACCAAUAGUUCAAACAAAAACAGAAGAACCUAUUUGCACUCAUGAAGUUUCUUAUACUUACUCUAACCCAAAUAAUAUGCAAAAUAUAAACAAUAAUAAAAAUAAGUUUGCCUUUUCAUCACCCCAAGCUUAUCCAAAUAGUACAAAUUUAUAUUCAUAUUAUGAUAAAAAUGAGCAAGAAAAAAAAAACUGUAAAUGCUAUGAUUCAAAUGGUUAUGUUAAAAAAUCUUCGAAUAAAUCUACCAAAUGUUCUACUACAUCUUCUAGUAAAGAUUAUGACCGUUGCUCCACUCGGGAUUCAGAAGUUCGUUUCUUAAAUGAAAAAAUUAAAAAGCUUCAUAAUAAAAUUAACAAUAUGAACAAAGAAAAUACUAACCUAAACGAGUUAUCAAAAAUGUACAAGAACGAAUGCAAUCGUCUUCGAGAAUUAUUUGUAAAAAAUAAUUAUGCAAAAAUUAACUCAUCAAACAUUGGUAAUAUAGAUUAUGAAAAAAUUAAUUUAAAAUUAGAAGAAGAAAACGAAAAAUUAAGGAGUCAAAUGAAAAUAUUAGGAAAAACAAUUUUGUCGAGUGAUGAUUUUAAUGGAGUUAAAAAAAUUUUAGCUAAACAAAUAGUUGAUUUACAAGAAGAAAAUGAAAAAUAUAGAAAUAAAAUUAAAUUAUUAAAAAAAAAUAAUGAUGUAAAUAAUGAAGUAUUAUUUAAUUUAAAUAAAACAGAUAUUUCAGCUGAUGCUAUUGAUAGUAUUUUUAUGCAAACCAAAAAUGUCAUUAUACAAGGUCAUGAAUCUAUAAACAUUUUUUACUUAAAUUUAAGGAAUCUAAUUGAUCAAUUUUUUGAAAAAAUAAAAUAUAUUACAAUGGGAAAUGAUUAUACAAAAAAAGAAAAAAUUUCGUAUAUAAACAAUUUAGAAGAAAUAAUUAAAGCAAAUUUUGAGGAGAUAAAUGAAAUAGUUCUAAAAAUAAAUAAUCUAAGGAAAAAAAUGAAAACUAUGAAAGCUCAUAUUUUUGAUAUAAAUAGAGGAAAUCCUUAUUGUGGUUGUAAACCAUCAAGAAUUAUUUUAGAAGAAGAUAUUAAGCAUCUAGAAGAAGAAUUACAUAAGCAUUCAAUUUUGAUAAAAAAUUUAAGAAAAAAAAAUUUGUCUUUAAAUUUAAAUAAUUUAUGUUCUUAUUAUAAUGAAGGAAAUGAAACCAAUGACAAUUCAAAGAGAACCUAUAAUAGCAUUUGUGAAAAAAUUGAUAAAAAUAAAAUUUACGAAAAAUGUAGUGUAAAAAUGAAUUCUAAUUCAAAGGAUAAAAUUUUUCCCCUUGGUUUAUUAGAAAGUGAAAAAUUAUUUAAAAAUAACAAAAAAGAUGAUUUUCAAAAAAUAGAAAAUAAUAUUUUAAAAUUAGAUGAAAACUCUUCAACAUCAUAUAAUAAAAGUAUUAAUGAAGGAUAUCAUAGCAACUUACACGAAAAAAUAAAAAUUAUUGAGGAACAGUUAAAUUCCCUAAACAACCAUAUAAAUUAUAAUUAUGGUGAUGACUACAAAGAUAAUACAAAAACAUUGAAAACUAAAAAAAAAGAUAUAUUUUUAGUAGACAAAUUAAUAAAAAAUAUGAAAGAUGAUACUAACUAUUUUAAUGAUGUAAAUGAUAUUAAUGAAUAUAUAAAAAAAAAAAAUUUUAAAUAUGGUGAUCAUAUAGAGGUAAAAAGUUCAUAUUCUGAAGAUGAAUCAUCACAUUCCUCUUCAUCUUACUCAUCUUCGUCAUCUGAGGAGAACGAAAAUUCAUCAUCAAAAAAAAAAAAAUGGACUAGUGAUGAUGAAGUAGAAAGAAGCAAAAAUAAAAUGAUUGAAUUGCUAGCAUUACUAAAAGGAAAAGAUAAUGAUAAUUUAGUAGAAAAUACAAAACGUUAUGUAAAUGCUUUUGGGAAAUAUAAAUCACAAAACAAAUAUAACCUAAAGAAAAUUUACGAUAACCUAAAUGCUAUAAAAAACUCAAUUAAAAAUAAUGAUGAUGAUACAGAAAUGAACAUUUUAGCUCUAAUCGAAUCGCAAGCUAAUGAAAUCAAAAUAUUUGGAAACUGUAUUGAUGACUUAAAAAAUACUGUAGUAUCCUAA